AUGCUGUAUCUGCAAGACAAUGAUGGUGACAAUGAUGGUCAUUUUACAUGGAUUAAAAAUCUGCCCCGACUCGUGAGGUCACAAGUCACCAAAAACAAGAAUAAAAUAUUUUUCUGCGACCGAUGUUUACAUUAUUUUUCCUCCAAUGAAAAAUUGGAGAGCCACGCAGUAAACUGUCAAAAACUGAACAAGUGCGCUAUCCGCCUGCCAUGCGAGGACAAGAAGUGGUUGGAGUUCCGCAACCACAGUAUGAAGGAGCGGACACCUUUCAUCGUCUACGCUGAUCUCGAGUGCGUCUUGCGAAAGACGGAAGACACCGCAGCAUCGUCGUCGUACGCGUACCAACGGCACGAGAAAUUUUUGAGUGUGAGUCUCGACAAAUUAGCGUCGUAUCUCGAUAAGGAUAAAUUGAAAAUUGUGAGAUCCGAUUUCUCACAUAUAUCGGACGAAGAUUUCAAUCUACUUACUCGUAAAGGAGUAUUUCCGUACGAGUACAUAGAUUGUGUCGAAAAACUGGAUGAGUCGUGUUUGCCGCUGCGCGAAUCUUUUCACAGCUCGCUGACGGGCGAUACCGUGUCCGAGAGUGAUUACGCGCACGCCGCGAACGUAUGGCAGCGGUUCUCCGUGCGAACGCUCGGUGCGUACAGCGAUCUGUAUCUGAAAACCGACGUCUUGUUAUUGGCUGACGUUUUUGAGAAUUUUCGCGAAAGUUGCAUCACGAGUUACGGUCUCGAUCCUGCGCAUUACUACACUUUACCCGGUUUCACGUGGGAUGCCAUGCUGAAACACACUCAUGUAAAAUUCGAGCUGCUCACCGAUAUAGAUAUGGUGAUGUUUAUCGAGCGCGGUAUACGCGGUGGCCUUAGCCAAUGUUCCGACAGAUACGCAAAGGCUAAUAACAAGUACAUGCGUUCGUACGACUCGUCGAAACCAUCGUCGUACCUGAUGUAUUACGAUGUCAAUAAUCUGUACGGAUGGGCGAUGUGUCAACCGCUGCCCUACGCGGAUUUCCAAUGGGUCCAAGGCGUCGCGAACUUUGACGCGAACGCGAUCGCUCCGGAUUCGCCCACCGGUUACAUUCUCGAGGUCGAUCUCGAGUGUCCACAACAUCUUCACGAUGUGCACAUUGAUCUACCGUUUUGUCCGACGCGUGAUAAGCCUCCCGGCAAACGCGAGGAUAAACUGCUCGCGACUCUGUACGAUAAACAGCGUUACGUUAUCCACUACCGCAAUCUGCAGCAAUGUAUACAUCACGGCCUUCCCGUAACGAAGAUCCAUCGCGUGUUACAAUUCGCUCAAUCCGCCUGGCUCCGUAAUUAUAUCGAAUUGAACACAAAAUUUAGAACUUUGGCUAAGAAUGAUUUCGAGAAAAAUUUGUACAAACUUAUGAAUAACGCGGUAUUCGGUAAAACGAUGGAGAACGUACGCGAUCGCGUCGACGUGAAAUUAGUAACUGCAUGGAACGGACGGUACGGCGCGGAGGCAAUGAUCGCAAAACCGAAUUACCAUAGCCGCAGCGUCUUUGCGGAAAACUUAAUCGCCGUCGAAUUGUGCAAACUCAAGGUGAAAUUCAACAAGCCGAUAUACGUAGGUAUGUGCAUACUCGACAUAUCUAAAGUCUGCUUGUACGAAUUUCAUCAUGAGUACAUGGUACAUAUGUUUAAUAAAAAUUGUAAAAUUAUGUACACCGACACAGGUAGUCUCAUUUAUCGCAUCGAAUGCGACGACGUAUAUGCGGCGAUGAAACGCGAUAUCGCUCGAUUCGAUACGAGCGUCUAUCCUGCGAACAACGCGUACGGUAUACCUCUCGCGAAUAAGAAGGUGCCCGGCCUUAUGAAGGACGAGAACAACGGCGCGAUAAUGACCGGGUUCGUUGGACUCAGGGCGAAGAUGUACGCGUUGCGCGUAGACGGGAAGAAAGACACGAAGAAGGCAAAAAGUGUAAAGAGCAGCGUCGUAGCGCAAACUAUAAUGUUCGACGAUUACACCCGAUGCUUGAACGAGGAGAUUGAAAUGACGCGCAGGCAGUCGUGUAUAAGGUCGAAGUUACACAAAGUGUACACGGUGUCGGAGAAGAAAAUCGCUCUGAGUCCGUACGACGACAAACGGUACGUCGUACCGGAUUCAAUGGAGACGUUACCGUAG